UCUGCACCAUCAGCGUUGAACCUGAUGUGGGGCUUGAACUCACGAACUGUGAGAUCAUGACCUGAGCUGAGAUCAAGACACUUGACAGACUGUGCCACCCAGGCACCCCAAUGUCGGUGUGUCUUUGUACAUAGCAUGUGAGCGUGUGUGAUUUUGUGUGGUGUGACAGUAGAGCUGUAUUUGUGAUUGUGUAGCCAUGUAUGUGGCUACAUGCUUGGGAGGACUAUGUAUGUAUAUGGGAUGUGUGUGGCUGUAUGUGGCUAUAUGUGGUAUGCAGGUCUGUGUAUGUGGCUGUGUGUGGUAUGUGUGUAUGGUGUGAGAAUGUGGUUGAGUGUAUCUGGUAUGUGAGUAUGGCUGUGUGUGUAUGUGGCCUGUGUAUGUGGUUGUAUAUGGUGUUGGAGAGAGGAAGUGGGCAUUGACCAAUCAGAGCACACGGCCCAGACCCUGCAGUACGUCUUGGAGGGCCCAGACGUUAACCGUUAGUUGCUAGGUUAGGGUGAGUUCCGGGGAGGGGAAGGGUGGCGGAAUGUUUAAGAGGAAUCAUGCUGGGCCUUGUACACAGCUAGGAGAGCCUCAAGAAUGAGAGGUUCUAUUCUGUUCAUUCUGAAAGCAGGGAAAUGGAAACUUUUCAGGAAGUGUUUUCAAAAGAGAUCACCAUAAAAGUAGUUUUCGUUAGCUUAAAGUUAGGCAGGAAAAUGGAAUUUUACCCAGAUGGGAGCUCCUUUACUUGUACAUGAAUUAUAGUCUAGACUGUCAUUUUUCAAUGAUACUGAGAAAAGUGACAUUCGCGUUGCACAAGUAUCUGUUGGGCAUAGACAAAGCUGAUGCCUCUUUACUCCGACGGGCAGCUUUAAACAUCCGUGGAAGUUUGUAACUUGAAAGGUUCAGAAAUGGGCAGUGAGAAGGAGAAGGAGCAGAAUCCAGAACAGCACCUGCCUGAGGAAGGGGAAUGGGGUGAGCCUUGGAGAGUGGAGGACUUGGAGGGUUUUCGGAUCCCAGAUGGAGAGAAGGAGCAUGAGCAAGAGAGCCUGUCAGAAGGUCCACAAGAGAUCCACCCAAAAAAACCGUUGCAGAAAGUCACCGACCCCGCCAGAGAGCCCGGGGGCCCCAUGGCUCACCCAAGGCCCGAGAUCGACGAGAAGCCCUUUAUAUGUGCCCAGUGUGGCAAAACCUUCAAUAAUACCUCCAACCUGAGAACACACCAGCGGAUCCACACCGGCGAGAAACCUUACAAGUGUUCUGAAUGUGGCAAGAGCUUCUCGAGAAGCUCCAACCGCAUCCGGCACGAGCGGAUCCACCUGGAAGAGAAGCACUACAAAUGUCCCAAGUGUCAGGAGAGCUUUCGGCGGCGCUCAGACCUAACCACGCACCAACAGGAUCACCUGGGCAAGCGGCCGUACCGCUGUGACCUCUGUGGCAAGAGCUUCAGCCAGAGUGCCACGCUGGCGGUGCAUCACCGGACGCACCUGGAGCCAGCACCCUACAUCUGCUGUGAGUGCGGCAAGAGCUUCAGCAACAGCUCCAGCUUCGGCGUGCACCACCGCACGCACACGGGCGAGAGGCCCUAUGAGUGCACCGAGUGUGGGCGGACCUUCAGCGACAUCUCCAACUUUGGAGCACACCAGAGGACCCACAGAGGGGAGAAGCCCUACUGGUGCACUCUGUGUGGGAAACACUUCUCCCGGAGCUCCAACCUUAUCCGCCACCAGAAAACGCACAUGGGAGAGCAGGCUGGGAAAGACGCCAGCUGAAGGACAAUGAGGGAGAAAGAGAGAGAGAGAGAGAGAGAGAGAGACAGACCCCAGCCUAGUGUAGGAAGAUCUGUAGGAUCUGCUGCUGCCCCCUUGACCUCAAGCCCCUCCUCCCACUUUGGAGAAUGGUUUCCUGUUGCCUCUGAAGCCAGGAUCUCCAGGAAGUCCUGAGAAGGGACCCUUGAGUAAAAAUCCCUGCCCCUUUCCAGGCCAAUUUCUUGCCUUGGAAAGUGGGAGGAUCCAGUCUUGGCUUCAUCUCCUUGGGAUGAAAGAGAAGUAGGAUAGGCUUGGCACAUGCUCGUAUCAUUAGGGCAAUCAUCCCCUGGCCUUUGAGGAAGUCCCUGUGAGGUGGCAUCACUGUCUGAGGGUCCUCGGAAUUGUGUAUGAAAUGCUCGGGGCACAUUGCGGUGGCUGCCAGUUCCCAUCUGCUGGGCCCCACCUGUGUUGGGGGGAGCAGCCUUCCCAAUGGAAGGGGCCUCCUUGGCCUGGAGAAGAGGUCUGGCCCUGCCUUAGGAAUGAAAGGGAAGCCCUCAGGGAGCCUUGAUCUAGGGACCUUCACAGUCCCCCAUGUUUGUGACUUGUUCCCCCCACCCCACCUCCAUCUGUUCCCGGAGUGAUUAGCAGUAAAACUCUUCAAUGAAAAGGACCUGUGUACUUAUUUGGGGCAUCAAGGAAGUGGGAGCUGGGGAGGCGGCCAUGCUGCAGCCUCUCUGGAAGGGGGUUGAAUUCCAGGAAAGACAGAAUGGGUGGCUGCUCUGAAAAGCAGAGGAAAGCAGGCUGAGUCUCUGGGGCCUUUGAGCAGGAAGGCAGGAGGAACCCACAUAUGCUGUAGAUUCUAUAGGUCACAUUACAUCUUUGUGUCAUUGACAUUUGCUCAAGGGAAUAAGAUGAGGAAACAAGUGAGGAGAAGUGAAGUCAAUUGCUGUGAAGUUACACAGCAGGUAUGUGGUGGAGCCAGAGUUCACACUUGGGCCUCCCUUGAUUCUGAACUGACGCUCUUUUCAUUACAUGCACCUACUGGCUUCUGAAGGAGGAUCCACUUAGGGGGCCGGCCUGGGACCAAGUGAGUCCCUGGAAACGGGAGCUAGUGGGGCCUUCUGGUGCAGCCCUGGUUCAUUUGCUCUGUGGGAAGUCAGUGCCAAGUAUGAGAACCUUUCCUCCCUCAGAUUCUUGAUUGACAUUUAUUUGUGUCUAGGAAAAGUGAUAAGUGUUGGGGAGUAGGGGUGAGGGCUGGGAUGAACCCAUGAUGAGGGUCUUUGCCUUUUGUAGCAAUGGUUUAGUUCCCAAGGCUGGGACAGCUUGGUGGGGAUCCUGCCCAGCUUCCUGCCCUCCUGGUUUCGGCCUGGCUCCACAUGCCAGAUUUCCAUGUUUUCUGACGGCAGUUGAACAUUCACCCAGAUUUCCUCCACAUAAAGAAGACCCUUCUCUACAUCUCUUGCCGAUCAGGUCCUGCUCUUCCAGACUGAGAGGCCCUCUUCAUUUGUAGCCAAUUGCCAGAAUGUGAUUCUGGUACCAGGCUUAAAACUGGCACCGUCUGUGACCUGACCUAUCACAUGGGAUCCUGCCACCCAGCCAGAGACGGAUGUGCUAGCAGCUUUGUACUCAUGUUGAAUUCUCACGUAACCCUGGGAAGUAAGAAUUACCCACAUUUGACAGAAGGAGAAACAGGCUGCCAGAAAGUGACUUGCCCAAGAUCACAUGGCAAGUAAGUCGCAGGGGCAGGACUCCACCUACUUCUGCCUAAACCCAAAGCCUGUAUUCCAACUAUAAAAGAAGACUUUCCAAAUGAUUCCCUGACAUUUGUAGGACACUACAGUUUCCAAAGUACUUUUUAAAAAGUUUUUAUUUUAAUCACCUGGUGCUCGUCACGACAAGGACACUCCUUAAUCCUCAUCACUUGUUUCACCCAUCCUCCCACACACCUCCCCUUGUGUGACCUUCAGUUUGUUCUCUACAGUUAACAAUCUGU